CAGACGAGCAGGAGCUGCAGAGCUCUCCAUAUGAUCCUUCAGUGUCUGUGCACUUUCUCUACAGGAUGAAGAGUAUGAAGAAAAAACAGACUUUUAUUCUUCUCAUGGCACUGUGCAUGUGUAUGGGACAAUCUGACUUUGCACCGUAUUUCUAUGAUAACGGAGCUGGAAGCAGCAACGGAAACAUGGCGUUAUUCAGCAUCGCUGAAGACACAUCUGUUGGGACUCAUGUUUACACACUAAACGGCACUGACCCCGAAGAAGAGCCGGUGACCUACGGCAUGACCUUUGAUAAGAGCUCCAAAGAGUUCUUCAGCGUUGAGCCCAAAUCAGGGAAUGUGACUCUAAUACAAGCCCUGGACAGAGAGGUUCAGGAUGAGAUCAUUGCAUUUGUGACCAUCACAGAUGGGAGAAAUAAGGUUGUAGAAAAUGUCAGAGUGUUUAUCACCGAUGCUAAUGAUGAAAAGCCUGAGUUUCUGAAUCAGCCACUCAUAGUUGAUGUUCCUGAGGAUGCAGCCUCGGGCAGCAGCAUCUACAGAGUCCAGGCGGUCGACAGAGACCUCGGGUCAGGAGGAAGUGUCAGCUACUACCUGCAGUCGAUGCCCAGCACUAAAUUCACUAUCGAUGGUCACAGUGGAGUUCUGCGCAUCAGACCCGGAGAAUCGCUGGACUACGAGCUCUCCAGGACUCAUUUUGUCACUGUGGUUGCGAAGGAUGGUGGAGGUAAAUAUUAUGGGAGAUAUCAGGUCAUGACCUCCACAGCCAUCAUAACCGUCAAUGUCCUCGAUACCCAGGAUUCUCCUCCAGUUUUUAUUGGCACUCCAUAUUUUGGAUUUGUGUAUGAAGUCUCUAUGCCAGGUUCAGAGAUAUUCACGGUUUCUGCUAAAGACGGCGACCAGAACAACCCCAACGCCAUCCAUUACUCCAUUUUGAGCGGCAGCGACGGCUUUUUCAGCAUCAACAGCACGAGCGGCUGUAUCAGCUUGACAUCAUUUCCUGUACAGCUGAGAAACGAGUUAUAUGAGAUAAAAGUCAAGGCUGCAGAGGUUGGAGCCGACAGGUUUUCAGACUCCAGCGUGACCACGGUCACUGUUCGUGUGGUGGACCUCAACAACCACCCGCCCACGUUCUACGGCGAGAACAGCCCUCAGAACCGCUUUGAGCUGACCAUGUACGAGCAUCCGGCGGAAGGAGAGAUUCUCCGCGGUCUGAAGAUCACGGUUAACGACUCGGACCAGGGAGCAAACGCUAAGUUCAGGCUCUUGUUGGUGGGACCUUCUCGAGUUCUCCGUGUGGUUCCUCAGACAGUUCUCAAUGAAGCUCAGGUCACCAUCAUUGUGGAAAACUCGUCUGCCAUCGACUAUGAAAAAUACCAGUUCCUAACAUUCAAGCUGUUAGCGGUGGAGACUGACACUCCCGAGCGCUUCAGUGCCACUGCAGAUAUCGUGAUCAAUCUUCUGGACACAAACGACAACAUCCCAAAGUUCUCCUCUGAGUUUUACAUCGCCAGGAUCCCUGAGAAUUCCCCAGGAGGCUCCAAUGUCGUCUCAGUGACCGCAACAGACCCGGAUUCAGGGCUUUGGGGAGAAGUGAAAUAUUCCAUCUAUGGCUCUGGCGCUGAUCUGUUUCUCAUUCAUCCCACGUCUGGCAUCAUUUACACGCAGCCCUGGGCCUCUUUAGACGCUGAAGUGAAGUCAAAAUAUAACUUCUAUGUGAAAGCUGAAGACACUGAGGGCAAAUACAGCCUCGCAGAGGUCUUUGUGACGGUGCUGGAUCAAAAUGACCACCCACCAGAAUUCAACCAAAACUUCCUAGAGAAGACCAUGAUCAUUGGGGCACCAGUGAAAAUAGAGGCUGUGGAUGAGGACGCAGAGGAACCCAAUAACUUGAUUGAAUAUUCCAUCAUGAAAGCCGAUCCAGACAACAUUUUCGACAUUAACACCUCCACAGGAGAGAUUAAGCUCAAACCGUACAUCAAGUCUAUGGAGAUCGUGCAGAACAUCACCAAACAGAAAGACUGCCGGUGGUCUGUGGUGGUCCAGGCUCGUGAUCGAGGCUCUCCAUCCUUCAGCACAACGGCGGUUGUGAAAAUAGACAUCACGGAUGCGAAUCGUCUCAAAGGGCCCAUGGCUGCUUUUCUAAUGCAGAGCCGAGACAAUCCAGUGAAAGCUCUUGGCCUGGCUGUCAGCAUUAUUACCGUGAUGGUUUUGGUGACAGUUAUGAUCUCCACGAUCAUGUACUUUCGCAACACAAAGUCUAACAGGAUCACGCCGGCACGCCGCAUCAUUCGCAGAAGGCCCAAAGAGCCUCAGCGCUGGACCUUCAGGCUCUGGUCUGGACGUAGCGAUCAGAAAUUUGGGAAGUUCUUGACUGAUGAUGAGACGAGCUCCAGCAGAGCAGAGCCUCUGACCCCCAGCGCUCCGGUCCUCCCGCCUCCGCCUCCGGUCCACUCCCGGCCCAGCGAGUGGCUGCGGUCAGUGCCCACUGUGUCCGGAUCGCUGGCCUCCAGGAACACCAGCCGCAGCUCCAGCUGGAGGACCAGACAAACCACUGACGCCGCCCAGAGAUCUGGACAGAACAAAGAUGGCAGUGGCAUCAGCUCCGCUCUUGUGUCCGAGCUUAAAAUGAGAAUAGAACAGAAAAUCAAUGAGGCAAAUCAAGGCUACUAUUACUGACACAAUGACCGGUGUGAGAGGUGGAUACCAACAUGUGUGUUUUUAUGGACCGCUGGACAUUUGAUGCUGCAAACAAUUUGCUGAGAAGAAUGCUGCUUUUUUUUGUUUUUAAAGUGUUUUUGAAGUGGCAGUCUGGUAUACCCGAAGUGUUUUUCAACAUGCAGUACAGUCAUUUAAGAUCUGGCUGGUAUUCUUACAAGAAAAAAUACCUUAAAAAUGCUAAGAAACUUGCCAAUGCUGGUAUAUGCACAUACCAUGUGUGUUUGUAAACAGAAAGCAGCUACUUGAUGCUCUUUAUUUCAGUAAUGUUCACCUCAAGCUCCUUGGCCUUGCUGUGCUUCUUAGACCCAUUUAUGCAUUAGUUAUAGAUCUGCAAAAGUAAAGCAAACUCCACUGUAAUCUCAUAAUUAGCACCAUACUGCCAUCUUUAGGUUUCCUUCAAUUUAAUCUGAAUCUAACCAUGAAUGUUAGAAGAACUUGUAACAACCCUUUCUGAUUUCUACUGAUUAUUUAUGUGAUAUUGCAUGUACUUUGUGUCUGACUGUAUUUCUUCAGCCUUGAGGAUCUUUGGUAAAAGUCUGCAGACUGUAUGGACAUUGGACUCUCAUUUGUAGUUACUGCUGUCAAACCUUUUUUUUAUUAUUGUAAUUAUUGUUUUAUAAAGAGUUUUUCACUGAUAUUUUGAAAGUUUUUGAAUUUUCCUGUACAUUUUCUGAGAAAGAGAGCAGAUGAACAUCCAUGUGCUAUUUGCUGUAAGGCAUUUCUGAAUGUUAAAUGUGUUCAUUAGGAAUCAUCAUAUCAAGUCUGUGCUUUAGAAAUAAAACAUUUUUAAAAGUGUUAUCUAAAGAAAUUAAAAGAGACUCAU